ACACAAUUGCUUAGCCAUUACAGCUUUGGCUUUGCACUUUUGGAAGUCUUUUCAGACGCAUUCUAUUUAUGCAUUAGCUCCUCUCUGCCCUCGCAUUCUGCAUUCUUUAACUGCAUGGGAGUUUGCUUCAGUCCCUUCACCAGUGAUCACUCAAAACUCCAGGGAGUGCAGCAAGAUGGAAGAUGGGCCUUGGACUUUGCUUACAGGAUCCCCCACAAAAUCUUGGCAACCGAUCAUGACAGACGACACAACAACUUCCAGUUACUGGCUCAACUGGAGGGUCCUGCUUUGCAUUAUAUGGGUUCUGGUGACGCUGAGUUUUGCAUUGUUCUUGAUAUGGAAAUAUGAGGGCCGUAGGAAUAAGGCAUAUGAUGGAGAAGAAACUCAGGAAGAAGAAGCUGGAGCUUUGUAUGAUGAUGAAACAUGGCGGCCCUGUUUUAAGGGAAUACAUCCUGCUUGGUUGUUGGCCUUUCGAGUAUUGGCUUUCUGUGUGCUCUUGGUGCUCCUCAUUGUCACUGCUAUUGUUGAUGGAGGCGACAUAUUUUACUUCUAUACUCAGUGGACUUUUACUUCAAUCACCAUUUAUUUUGGGCUUGGAUCACUGCUAUCCAUUAAUGGCUGCUACCAAUAUCAGAAGAAAGUUGGCGGUGAGAAGGUGGAUAAUGUGGAGGGAGAUGCAGAACAAGGCACUUCUGCAGGUGGAAACGGUUCAAAUACAGAGAAAAAUCCAUCCCUUCGUGAUGAACAUCAUCUCAGGCGUCAACCUGCCGGAUUUUGGGGUUAUCUCUUUCAGAUUAUCUUCCAGAUGAAUGCAGGUGCUGUUAUGCUGACAGAUUGCGUCUUUUGGUUCAUAAUUGUUCCAUUUCUCACUAUCAAAGAUUACAACCUUAAUUUUUUGAUAAUAAACAUGCAUACAAUCAAUGCCGUUUUCUUGCUAGGAGACACCGCUUUGAAUUCUUUGCGAUUCCCCUGGUUUCGGAUCGGAUAUUUCUUCCUCUGGACAGUCAUUUAUGUAAUUUUUCAAUGGAUCGUUCAUGCUUGUGUGAGACUAUGGUGGCCAUAUCCAUUUCUAGAUCUCUCAUCUUCAUUUGCCCCACUUUGGUACUUGUCCGUGGCUCUAAUGCACAUUCCUUGCUAUGGCAUCUUCAUACUGAUCAUGAGACUGAAACACCAUGUAUUUUCGAAACGGUGCCCGCUAUCCUAUCAAUGUACGAGGUAGUCGAGAAAGACCUGAAAGAUAUCGUUAAAAUUCUCCGAAGGAGAACAAACAACAAGCAUAAAUGUCAAAAAAAAAACAGACUUAAUACAAUUGAUCAAAAGGGAAAAGUGUUUGAUGUACAUGAGUUAAUGCAAAUCUUGAUAGGAAAAAAAAAGGAGCAAAAGAUUCAAGGUUUUCUUAGGCAAUUAGAUAUAACUUAUUAUAUGUAUGUAACCCACAGGAAGGAACAUUUUCAAUUUGGUAUAGAAUAUAAAGAGAGCUCAGCUUUGUUCUCUA